AAGAGAUAAAGUAAAGGAAAAUGAAGACAAAGAAAAGUUAAAAGAACUAAGAAACAACGUCUGCGCUGGAAUGGCUAUUCUAAACUUAAUCUGGAUUUCAAUUAAUUUCAUGUUUCAACUGAGAAGGCCAUCAGUUGUUACCUUAGCUCAACUUAAAGAUGGAGAUAAAAUAGAAAUUGAUGUUUUGGGAUUAAUGUUUAUAAUAUUCUUUACACUGAUCCUUGUCCUCCAGUUUUGCGGUAUGGUCAUGCACAGAUGGGGGACCUUUCUUCACCUCGUGGCGAUAACGGAAAUCCCUAAUCCAUUUAAGAAAAAAGAGAAAAAGCGAGAACAGCAAGAUCAACCAUCUCCAAAAAAAGGAAAAACGGAGGAAAAUUUGGAGUCGGAAAUCCAAAAUCUAUCACGAAUAG